GCUACGCCGGACUGGCACGCGCUGGAGCUGGGUGUGAAGAUGGCGGACGAGGAGGCCGAGAAGGACCGUGGUCCUGAGAACGGUAUCAGUGCAACCAUAGGGGAACUCAAACAACGCUUACAAGAACUGCAGGACGUCGUGUUUAAGGAAAGGAAUGAAUGUCCAGUCCAGGCUUCUCUGAACUAUUGCCAAGAAUUUUGUAGGACACUGCUGGAGUAUGCAGGCCGAUGGAAGAUAGAGGAAGAACCUCUGCCCCUGGUGGAAGUGUACAUGGUUGCCUUGCUGAGUUAUGCCCAGGCCUCUCCAUACCUGUCCCUGCAGUGUGAAAACGUUCCCGUUGUGGUGGAGAGGCUGUCACUGAGUUUUGUGGAGCUCUUACUUUCACUGAAGGACGAGGUACCAGAUGGAUUAUGGACAGAAUUCAAGUCGUGUAUCCAGUUUGCUCAUAAUAAGCUGCAGGAGAAUGGGAUCGCUCAUCUGUCCAUGCUGUCUGCUUUGGGCCAGCAAUACGGCAUUUGGACCAACUGGGUCCUACAAGACAUUCUGUCCCACGCAGACGUACAGAAGGAGCAAAUCGAGGAGUUCAUGGUGCAGGAGGGCCAGGGUCUGCUGGAGAUGAGAGUGAAGCAGCUGAUGAAGGACAGUCAGCCGGGGAAGGCCGCACAACUGGCAAAGACGUGUUUUGAGUGCACCGCCUUCGAAGGAAAGGGACUUUUCAAGCAGAUGUACCUGGUCUGCCUGUGUACUACCUCAGAACAGGAUCAGCUGAUGGAGGAGCUUUCGAAGGUGGACUGCCGCGACGCCCUAGAAAUGAUCUGCAACCUGGAGUCAGACGGAGAUGAGAAGGCAGCAUUCAGCUUGUGCUCAGCCUUCCUGACUCGACAGCUUCUCCAAGGAGACACCUACUGCGCUUGGGAGCUGACUUUAUUUUGGAGUAAACUGCUGAAGCGGUUCGAGCCCUCAGAGAAGGACUUCCUCGACAGAUGCCGCCAGAUGUCUUUACUUUCCAAAACAGUGUACCACAUCUUAUUCCUCAUCAAGGUCAUCCAAUCGGAGAUCAACAGCCUUGGACUGCCAGUGUGCAUUGAAAUGUGCAUUCGAGCUCUGCGGAUGGACUCAAAUGAUGGAACCACGAAGGCCACCGUUUGUAAAACCAUUUCCUGUUUGCUUCCCAAUGACCUAGAAGUAAAACGGGCCUGCCAACUGACUGAGUUCCUCCUGGAGCCCACUGUGGAUUCGUACUACGCCGUGGAGACUCUUUACAAUGAACCGGAUCAAAAACUAGAGGAGGAGAAUAUGCCCGUUCCGAACUCACUACGCUGCGAGCUUCUGUUGGUUUUCAAAACCCAGUGGCCUUUUGACCCAGAGUUCUGGGACUGGAAAGCACUGAAGCGCCACUGCUUAGGACUGAUGGGUGAAGAGGCCUCCAUAGUGUCAUCUAUCGACUUACUGAAUGAUACUGACAGCCCUGAGGAGGAAGAACCCUUCUUCAGCCAGGAAGGGUUUCUGGAAAGCGCAGACCGCCUCGUAAGCGGCACCUACGAACUGAAAGAUGUAACAGACAGGAAACAGAAAAACAGAGAAAUGAAGAAACUGAGAGAAAAAGGUUUCAUAUCUGCCAGGUUUCGAAACUGGCAGGCAUACAUGCAGUACUGUGUUCUGUGUGACAAAGAGUUUCUAGGCCACAGGAUUGUACGUCACGCACAGACUCAUCUGAGCGGCGGAGUAUACAGCUGCCCGAUAUGUACGGAAUCCUUUAGCUCAAAAGACACUCUGCUCCCCCACGUCACAUCGCAUGUUAAACAGUCAUGCAAAGAGAGGCUAACUGCAAUGAAGACCACCAAGAAACUGGCUAAUCCUAAAACGGCCGCUCCGGUCAUUGCGGCAUUACAGGCCAAGACGGAAAAUCAAUUUUAUGAAAACGGUGCUUCUGCGGGGCGUAAUGGGGAAUUGAUUGAUAGCGUUCAGUCAAGACUGUCCUGGGGUAAUGUAGAGAGAAGCGAAGACAAUAUCUGCCCCGUUGGAAAAUGUAGAAAGACCUUCAAGUUCUUCAAAAACCUCAUCGCUCACGUUAAAGCUCACGGAGACGACGAGGAAGCGAAGUCAUUCCUCGAGAUGCGGAGUAAAAAGGUCAUUUGUCAGUACUGCCGCCGCCACUUUGUUAACGUCAACCACCUUAACGAUCAUUUACAGGUGCAUUGCGGUGUGAAGCCGUACAUCUGUAUACAGUUAAACUGCAAGGCGAGUUUCCUGUCCAACACUGAACUUCUCGUCCACAGGAAAACGCACACUUUUUUUAAGGCCAAAUGUAUGUUUCCAAAUUGCGGAAAGAUUUUCAGUGAGGCCUUCAAACUGUACGACCACGAGGCACAACAUUAUAAAACUUUUACUUGUAAAGUUCUAGACUGCGGGAAGGUAUUCCAUACACAACAACAGCUGGAUUUGCACCAGGAGGAGCAUACUGCGAAAAAAGAGGAAAGCCCUUCCUCUGUGCAGACCCCACAGAAUUUGGAGCCUGGCCCAUCACUCAUUGCACAAAUGCUUUCCGAUCAAACCCCCAUCAAACAAGAGAAUCCUCAAGAGUCAAGUGACUGUAUUCCUGAGACUGUUGUUAAACCUGAACCUGAAAGAUAUCCAGAGUCCCUUGAAAGCUUGCUAAAAUCUCCAAAGCAUGUGGAUCCCAUGGCACAGUAUGAAAUGAAACACGAGCCACAAAAUGUACCAGUCAGUCAAAUGCCGAAUUCACAUAGUUCUGUAAUUCAGGUGGUGAAUUCACAAUCAUCUAAUCCUAGUGGAAACAGAAGUGACUCAAAUCAUCCUACUUAUGACUAUAUGACACCGUCCCAACAUCAACACAUCCCUCCAUUUGAAGCUAAUUUAGGUAAACUAUCACAUACCUGUGAUACAGAUGUAUUACAAGCUCAGUCACAAAUGUAUCCUAGUAAUGUGAGUAACAGAUUAGGAAGUUACAGCUCGACACAUCUAGGGCCAGUGUUUAAUAGUAGUGUUAGUAACCCCCUAGUAGCACCGACCCAGAGCUACACAGAACCAGCAAUGUUGCAGCCACUUCCUCCAACAGUAGUUCCACAUCCUCUAACUGCGAACAGAAUAGAAAACACAGAGAAACCUCCAGAUUCCCUUCCAGCCCUUAGAGAGCGAUACCACUGCGCAUUUGAAAACUGCACACGGAAUUACAGCUGUUACAAAAGUGCCGCCAAGCACAUGAAAACAGUUCACCCAGAAUUCUUUGACAAAUGGAAGGCUGCACGAACUAAAAUCAAGAUAACCUACGCUCCUGCACCAGGCACACCCUCUGUCACGAAUCACAGUUUGGUUCCCCCAACUGUACCAUUUCAAGGAGCUGUAAGGCAGAAUGUGAUUCAACCACCGGCCUACACAAACAUGGCCCCAAGUUCAAACUACGGUUCCUUACCUCCCCAUUCAGCCUCCACUCUCAACCAGAAUGCCUCACUCCUAAUGGAAAAUGUUUUAAAUCCCAUUGUUCUUUCUCAGUUAGAAAGCAAUACAAGUCAUUUAACUAACCCACAGUCCCACGACACAGGCAAUCAAAACUGGCCUUCAGCCCCCGAAAGACAACAAAUCCUAAACUGCGGUACUUCCCAAAUGUAUCGAUCAAACACGCAGGACAUGCCACUGUUGGGAUCAAGCAUAAACAGCUCAGCAGACUCCCUACAGGCACCAGUCAUGGAAACCAGUGCUCAGUCCCUUUUGUCCUCUUAUUCAAGGAUGGAAGAAGUAGCAAAGCAGGUGACCAAUUGUCAUUCACUAUAUUCACCACAGAUGCAAAAUAAUUCCAUCCCCAGUUCCACUUUACCAGAAAAAACUAAAUCAUUGCAUAGCCACAUGCCGUCAAGUCUUGCCCCUACAACCAGUCAACAUCAAAAAGACCCAACUGUCUCAGACAAUAAUCCUGACAAUCCUAAACGAGCCAGAAAAAGCAGGAGGACAAAAUGGCCAGCCAUUGUUAGAAAUGGCAAAUGGAUCUGUUGCAGAUGUUAUAGACAGUUCGAUAGUCCCAAAUCACUUGGAGGCCAUUUGUCUAAACGUACAGUGUGCAAACCAUACGAAGAGUCAGAACUGAACACGGACCUGCCCGCAUCAUUUCUCGACCUCCUCAAUUCUGAACAAGCGGUUAGCGGUGUUGAGCCCGGUCUUUCGUACAAUCCUGCCACAGUUUAUCAGGGCAAGCCUCAGCAUUCAGAAAUGAGUAGUUCUGCAGGCCAAAAAGAUUAUAGCUCUGCUAAUUAUCCACAAGGAAAUUUGCCAGUCUAUGGAAAUGGUGAAUCAAAUGAAGACAUUCUCAAACAAAUCAUGACUGAAUCAAACAUAGCAGAUCUGUAUGUGCAGCCACCUGUUCCUCCACCCAUGUUCCCAAACUCAGGUGUUCCCUACGGGCCAAGUGAACGUUAUCCAGCAAGCUCGGUCAUACAGCACACCGAAGACGUUCACAGGAGAGAAGCUGACUUGUGUAAUGCUGCUCAUUAUCCACAGUCUAGGAUUGAUACAUUUUCCGGUAAUGAAUUUCCUAACUCGCUUUUAUCCCAAGUAGUAACAGAAACGCAGACUAAUACUAUUUCCAGCCUUGUUCCCACAAACAGUGUAAUUCCAAGGGAAGUCCCUCCUCAACCCUAUCACUCUGAGACAAUGAUCCAGACAUCAGAUAUGGAUUCAAACCCAGUGAAACAGACACUGUUACCCGAUAGUGGGCUUAGUCCUAUACCAGCAAGUGACACGAAGCAACCCGGGAUGCAAAGGAAGAGCACUGAGCACGAUAUCAAAAAGAGACUGCGGGAGCAGAUUCUCGCUGGUGAUUUUCAACGUAGAAAUAGCUUGUGUAAUUCAAGCAACAUGGACACUAAUGUGACUUCAAGAAGUCCCAUGUCAUUUAGCACAGUGUCAAGUCCUAAAAACUUUGGACCUCAUCAAAUUGGUUGGGAUGUAAAGGGUGAUGCAGCUAAUGGAGGACAAGAAAACUCUAUCAUUCCAGGGUCAUCGGGCGAAAUUGAAGUACUCCUAAAAACCCAAAGCUUUACCAGUUUUAGACAGACUACUACCCCGCAGCAGGAGGUGCAGAGCCCGACUUGCACUGUGGCAAGUGAUCUAGAUCCUGAACCCAGUCAGGUACCUUGCAGCCAACAACAGUGGCUAACAGAAAUUCAGAGUGCGUUCGAGAGGCUUAACCUUGUCAGAGAAUUAUCUGAUCAAACAUGUAGCAAAGUGAAGCAAACUAGCAUCCCCGACAGCCACAAAGCACCCGCAAAAGUCGUUUCACGUAAUGUAAAACCAUCAAACCCGGCCAAAAUGUUUGCUUGUGAGAAUGACAACUGCACAUUUAGCACAGUGUCAAGUGAGGCGUUCUGGAGACACCUCUCAAGGUCUCAUAAUUACACAUUCGAUAUGGUGAACGUGGUUAAAAAACAGUACGGCCAAUACGCUCCCUUCCAGUGUCAGAAAUGUAAUAAAACAUUCACACGUAAUUCAAACCUCCGAACUCACUACCAGUCAGCUCACAAAUUAUCGGCCGAAGAAAUUGCAAAUCUGGAUUUGAAACGUCGACUAGCCAAAGCUGCUGCAGCCGCUGCUACUCCAAACCACCCUCCACCCACUCAAGCCCCAACUGCUUCCUCAUCAGUACCGAAUGGAUGUGAUCCAUUUGUCCAUUAUAAUAACUUGAACAGAGCUAGUCAAAAAUUUCAAGGUGACACCUGCUCCUCAGUAAUUCACGCUUUGCAGCCAACAGUCUUACACAAUCAGAGGCAACCAAACCUGACUCAGAACUCAGAUCCAUCUUAUCAGGCCGGACAAACAGCAGAACAUUUGCCCAUGAUACCAGUCCAGCACACGAGCAGGAAACAAGUUGGAGCCCAUUCGUCCAAAGCCGGCCCUCAUCAAGCGAACAGACUUCAGAGUCUAGAUAAAGAAGUUAACGGGCAGGCGAUAGUCAAACCCAGCAUUGACUUAAACAAGAAGCCAAAGGAGAAGAAGCCAACCUUGAGCGAUGCCAUAAGUCAGUACAGACCUUACCGCUGUGUUCACCAGGGCUGCGUGGCGGCCUUCACCAUCCAGCACAACCUGAUCCUCCACUACAGGGCCGUUCAUCAGUCCGCCCUCUGCGCUUUGGAGGUGAACAAGGAUCAGGACCAGAGUGAGGGUUUCGACGAAGUAACGGAACACGAAGAAGAGGAGGCGGAGGUCCCCCACAUUUCUGAAUUCAGAUGCCAGGUUAAAGACUGCUCCCGAGUUUUUCAGGAAGUUCCCAACCUUCUCCAGCAUUACUUCCAGCUGCACGAGUUCAGCAUCGACAAGGUGGGCAACAUCUUGUGUGGCAUCAGCCUCGGACGGUUCACCUGCGGUCACCAAGGAUGCACCUCAAACUUCACUGGUUUCUGGAAGUACAUCGGGCACGUCAAAGAACAACAUAAAGACAUAAAGCUGUCCAAACCAGAGCCAUUAAACGGUUUGUUCAAAUGUGAAAUCGAAGGCUGUGAUCGUUCAUAUGCCACAAAGUCAAAUAUGCUCAGACACGCGAUGAAAAAGCAUCAGGAUUUGUACCAAUCGAAACUAAAGACUCAGCAAAUAACAGAGGACAGUAUGAAAGAGAAGUCGACAACUUUGAAUUCAAAGACUUUGCAUUACCAAAUAUCCAAAACAAGUAACGGGAAGGAAAACAUCGAGAGCAAUAAAAAGGUCGUUCAGAAGGAAAGUGACGCAAAGAGAGCCCGAAAAGUGAACAUUUACUGGACGAAGUACGAAAAACCCACUUUGAAAUCCAAUGUAGAGGCAUCGGCAAUGUGCACAAAGAAGUUCCCUUUGCAGUAUCCCUGCAUGAUAAAGGGUUGUGAGUCUGUCAUGAGUUCAGAGAAGAACGUUUUAAAACAUUACGUAGGACACGGACUGUCCGAAAAGUACUUAGAACAGCACAGGAGUCACUACAUAUUCUGCAAAAAAGUCCCCAAACAGAAAUGCAGCUCCAUCAGGAGUGAGGAUUCUAAAUCGGACAAUGGUUCCGAUCUGUCCGACGGUGAGUUCCUGGGCCAGAGCAGCCCAGAAGGAGGGGAGUUCAACAGUUCCAGACCCCUUCUACGCAAACGCACCUGCACAGGCAUCCCAGUUGUACUAUUAGACAGCAAGUUAUCCAAUGACGACAGUUCUGACGGCUCUGUGGUGCUCAAACGAAAACGAGGACGCCCGCGAAAGCUAAUCGAAAAGAUAGUGAAACGCAAGAAAAUCCCACGCGCGACGAAGGCCGAUGUGGUUUACAGUCGAGACGACGAGUCCGACUCAACCUGUCCGCCGGCGCUGCAGGACGUGUCCGAUCAGAGCGUCCAGCUAGCCUCCUUCAAACCCAUGGGCUUCGAAAUGUCCUUCUUACAGUUUCUCGAGCAGUCAAAUAAAUCUGAUAACUCCCUGAGGAGUAACGCGGAGCCGACGGACACGCGAAGUAAAACCCCCAGUCCCAACGCCAAAGAAACCUGCAUCAAGUUCAACAACCGGCGGAACCUGAAGUCGCUCAGUAAAGUUCGGAUCGUUUUGGACGGGGCCGUCUCAGGCGUUACGGAGCUGAUUGUGAAGCAGCUGCAGGACAUGGAGCCCAGAGUGAGACUGGAAAGAAACAACCUGAUGUUGAGACAGUUACACGACAUGCAGCCCACCGUCGUACUGGAGAAACACACCUAACCUGCUUUUUCUUGUUUGGUUUUUUGGUUUUAUUCGCAGAAUCUCAGGACUAGAACAAGUCAAGUCUGCUGCAGACUGGUGCCCUACAAAUCAAAUGUUUUUUUACACAUCCACUUAUCAAAAAAAAAAAAACAAACGCUUUUGAAUUAUACUGUAAUAAUAUCUGUAAAAUGUGUCCUUUUUAUAUAGAAAAGUGUAAAGCAUGUUUUUAUUUAUAAACUACAAAGUAACUCAAUGAAACUCAGCUUUGUGUUGAAUUAUCCCUGUGGGACUGGCAGACAAGUGGACUUUGAUAUGAACUGUAUCGUUGUGUGUAGUUUGUGAUUUGCAGAUGUUGACUGUUGUUUGUUGUGUAUAUACUUUGAAAAAUCACCUACUGCCACCAGCAGUCUUACUGUUAUUAAAGCAAUUUUUUUUAUUCCA